CUCCGCUCAUCAAUUCUCACCCAUCUCAUCACAUCCGUUCAUCCCCCCGCCCCCAGCUCCGCAGCUGCGGCCUUCGGGGCAUGCGGCAUGCACCCAUGCGCGGCCUUCCUGAUGGCCUGGUGGAGAGCUCGUCGUCCUUUACCUUCUCGCUCGCCCCUCCACGUCGAACGGGACCGUGCGCCGCCACCCUUCUCCCCCCUCUCAUCUCCUCUGCUCGCUCUCCUCGCUCUCUUUGCUCACUCUCCACUCAUCUCUCUCUCUCCUGACGCCAUUCAUCUCAUCGCGCUCGUCUUUCUCCCCCUCUCUCAUACUCCUCUUACCCCUCGCAGCCCUACACUCACCCCCCACGCUCGCACCUACAGACGCUUUGGCAUCCAGCUCCUCUAGCUCCCCAUCACCCCCGUCAAUUCCACACACACGCCAUCUGCCCCGCAGGAGCCGCUUCGUACGACCCUCUCAGUGGCUAGCUCUCUCACUGCUCCCAACAACGACGAGCGC